AUGUUGGCCCACCUCCUUCUCUUCGUCAAAGUAUUUGGCGUAGUCAUCAGCCAAGCAGGAACUCAUCUCCGAUCAUUUCUCUCAUCCUUCAUCCACCGCCGAAUCUAUAAAUCAGGUUCCAACCCCAAAAACAUCGUCGUCGUCGGCGCUUCUUUCGCCGGUUACAAUGCUGCACGCUGCCUGGUGAACUCCAUACCGUCGGGGUAUCGGGUCAUCGUCAUCGAAAAGAAUAGUCAUUUUCAAUUCACCUGGGUUCUACCACGCUUCUGCGUCGUCCGGGGUCACGACAAGAAGGCCUUCAUCCCAUAUGGCCCAUUCCUUCGCGCGCCACCGGGCUCCCACUUAUGGAUCAAGGACACCGUCGAGGAAAUUACCCCAUCUCAGGACGCGAGUCCUGGAGGCAAGAUCCGCGUCUCGUCCGGUGAAACGUUCGACUUUGAGUAUCUCGUCUUGGCGACUGGAUCAUCGGCUGCUCUACCGUCACGCGUCGGCCAGGAAGAGAAGAAGGCUGGGAUGCAAGCACUUCAUGAUAAGCAGGAGGGGAUUGCCUGUGCCGAAGAUAUCGUCGUCAUUGGAGGUGGUCCUGCGGGCGUUGAGCUGGCCGCAGAUGCAAAGGGACAAUUUCCCGACAAAAAUGUUACUCUUAUCCACUCGCGCAAGACUCUUCUCCAUGAAGGAUUUGGGAUCAAGAUCCAUGAAACUCUCAGCAAUUCCUUGCGAGGUCUUGGGGUAAAUCUGGUUCUGGGAGAAAAGCCUACUGUUCCGACCGGUGUGACUGUCGGGGAUAUCCAGUUGAGCGAUGGAUCAGUUCACUUCGAUUAUUUGAUCAAAUGCAUCGGCCAGAAACCAAACACGGCCUUAGCAAAGUUCGCAGCUUCCUCCGCCUUCUCCAAGUCAGGACAUAUUCGCAUCAAGCCUUCGCUACAGAUUGCCGAUAACGAAUACCCACGCAUCUACGCAGCUGGUGAUGUGAUUGACGCCGGAAGUAUCAAGAAUGGUCGUUCCGCCAUGCAGCAGGGUGAGGUCGUUGCAAAGAAUAUCGUCCGAGCCAUCCGAGGGAAGAGCCAAAUCGAAUAUCAGCAGAAGUGGUGGGAGGGACUGACGAAGUUGACCAUGGGCCUUACCAAGAGUGUUGCAUACGUUACCGAUGGGCGGGCUGAGUGGGUGAUUCCAACAAAGUCGAAGAUCGAUCUUGAUUGCAAGCAAGUGUGGAAGUUUAUGGGCGCCACGUCUUUCGUUGAUCCCGAUGAGGAGAAAGAAAACAAUUGA